AUGGCAUCUGUCGCACAACCUUGGCUGAUCCAUAAAUUCGUCGAUCCUAUCUUUGCCGUUGGCGUCGGGCUAACGGCUGCCUAUGUGCGUAUUCGCCGUGAAGAAUCUGAAAAACACCCCGACCAGGACUCGAGCAUGGGUGGUCUGUGGCAGAAGGGUGUACGAUUGAGCAAGAGCUAUUUUGGUCCUGAAACGCAGGAUGGCAAGAAACAAUGA